CUGAGAUCCUCCCUCAAGCUCCUGCUACACGGAUGUCACCACAACCCAGCAGCUCCUGCAAACGCAGAAACCAUGGGAAGGACACGGAAGCCUUGAGGGUGGCGUGGACAGAUCUCUGUGGCAAGGAUUAAUGUCCAGACUUGGUUCCUAUUGGCUCCUGACUCUCUCUACCAGGCAGCCAGAGCCCAGACCAUGUUUACAGGGCCUCCUCAAUCCCCACUGUGGAAGGAAGUUUGGCACCUGCCUAUCGGUGCCACUGAUACCCAGGCUGGUGCAGGCGACUUUUAGCCAGGACAAUACCCCAACUGGAAGCAGCAACAGCAGCAGCAGCAGGAGGAGGUGGAACAGAGGCCAGGGGUGCAGGACAGCUGUGGAGCUGGCCUGAACUUUGGACCUUGUCUUCCAGUAGGAAAUCAGUCUCUCAGAAGGCGAUCAUGGCCUCCAAGCCUGAGAAAAGGGUGGCCUCCUCUGUCUUCAUCACCCUGGCACCGCCACGCCGAGAUGUAGCCGUGAGUGAGGAAGUGGGCCAGGCAGCUUGUGAAGCCAGACGCGCUCGGCCCUGGGAGAUGCUUCCCACAAAGACACCUGGGGCCGCAGUGGGCAGGAGCCCCAAGACCUGGACGCCCUCUGGCAAGACCAAUGCCUCACUCUCUGGAGUCACACCUCAGCUCUCCAAUGGAGGAUGCUCUCUCCCACCUCCUUCCCUGAAUGAGGAGGACCUAGACCUCCCGCCUCCUCCACCGCCCCCUUCUGCCUACCUGCCUCUCCCAGAAGAGGAGCCUCCUGUCUUACCAGGGAAGUCGCUCAUUUCCGACUUGGAGCAACUGCACCUGCCCCCACCCCCGCCUCCACCCCCGCCACAGGCUCCAUCAAAGGGAUCGUCUGUCCACCCUCCGCCUGGUCACGCCAUACCCUCGGAAGAGGAGCUUCCUCCUCCUCCAGAAGAGCCUGUCACACUUCCAGAGAGAGAAGUGUCCACGGAUGUCUGUGGUUUCUGUCACAAGCCUGUGUCUCCUCGAGAGCUGGCUGUUGAGGCCAUGAAGAGGCAGUACCACGCCCAGUGCUUCACCUGUCGUACCUGCCGCCGCCAGUUGGCUGGACAGAGAUUCUACCAGAAGGAUGGGCGCCCCCUGUGCGAACCCUGCUACCAGGAUACUCUGGAGAAGUGUGGCAAGUGCGGAGAGGUGGUCCAAGAGCACGUGAUCCGGGCCCUGGGCAAGGCCUUCCACCCACCCUGCUUCACCUGCGUGACCUGUGCCCGCUGCAUCAGCGACGAGAGCUUUGCGCUGGACAGCCAGAACCAGGUGUACUGUGUGGCUGAUUUCUACAGGAAAUUUGCCCCCGUGUGCAGCAUCUGCGAGAAUCCCAUCAUCCCCCGAGACGGGAAGGACGCCUUCAAAAUCGAGUGCAUGGGAAGGAAUUUCCACGAGAACUGUUACCGCUGUGAGGACUGCAGCGUGCUCCUGUCUGUGGAACCUACCGACCAAGGCUGCUACCCACUGAAUGACCACCUCUUCUGCAAGCCCUGUCACCUGAAGCGGAGUGCUGCUGGUUGCUGCUGAAGAGUCCCGAUAGCUGGCCCUUCCCUGACUUGGUUUCCCCUCCUGACUUUUCUUGAGUACUUUCUUUUUGAACCUCACUGGGCACCAGCACACUGCUCAGCCCAUAGUGUCUAAAUGCACAGACAGGCUUGAGACACUGGGCUUUGGCCUCCUAGUACACAGCACCCCCCACCCCCAGACUUUCUACUCCUCUCCCUUCAUUGACCAGGAGGCCUCUCACCACCAGACUGCAACCCUGGUCCAUCUCUAGUGCUGCCCUGACAUGUUUAUGGGGACAGGUCUCAGGAUGAUACCUGUGUCUCUGACCAUGAUGCUUAGCUGCCUAGCAGAAGGCGCUGAGACCUCAGCUUAGAUUGUAGAGCUAAGUUGUUUGAAGUGCGCCUUCUCAGCCACUCCAAAAAGUAUUUUUUGAGAAUAUAAGUGUGUAGUAGACAUGAUAGCACACACCUUUAAUCCCAGCACUUGGGAGGCAGAGGCAGGUGGAUUUCUAUGUUCAAUCUAGUCUGAUCUACUAAAAGAUUCAAAACAAUAUUCUUUGGAUUUGGGGGAGAGAAAUCUUUGAAUUUUUCUCUUUUUCUUUUUUUGGUGGGGUAAAAUCAGUAAACAUCUUCCCUUGGUUCAGGGGCUGCGAAGAUGGCUCGGUGAUGAAGAGCGAGCUCUUGCUCCUCUUGCGGAGGACCAGAGUUCAUUUCCCAGCAUCCCUCAUGGAGGCUCAUAACUACCUGUCCUGCAACUCCAGUUUCCGGAGAGCUGGCGCCCUCUGCUGGCCUCCUUGGAACCUUAAUGCAUGUGGUGUACACGCUUACACUCAGGCACACACACAUACAUUAAAAAAAAAAAAACAAUUUAGCCAUGUCUAAUGGCAAACACCUUUAAUCUCAGUACUUGGGAGGCAGAGACACAUGGAUCUCUGCAUUUGAAGGCAGCCACAGCUACAAUCUUAAAAUGCACAAACUACUGGGGUUUGGUGGUGCAAAUCUGUGAUCCCAGUGCUGGGGGAAAUUGCCAGAAGCUUGCGACCUGCUUAGACUUCAUAGAAUUCCCAAUCAGUUUUGGCCACAUUCAGAGAUUUGUCUCAGAAAAUAAUAAUAAAUCAUAAGUGCAUAGAACGUGAGGUAGCGGCGACCCAGCCUUCCUUCCUGUAGAAUCCGUGCUGAGCUGGGCUCAGGAUGGGAGGGAGGAUGGUCACGUGCCUCUGCUUGCUUCCACACCCUGUGAGCUCCUGUGAGGGGCUCCCAGACCUGGAUUAAGAGCCUUUGAUUUGCUAAGGAACAAGUUCGAGGCUGAGCCUCCUUCCUCCAGACUUUACUGGGGCUCUGGCCUCUACAAGUGCGCGCACGCGCGCACACACACACACACACACACACACCAAAGAGGCUAGGGAAAGAAGUCACAUCUCUUUGGUCUCCCAUGUGUGCCACCCAGCCUCCACUUCAGCUUUGCUGCUAGGCUGCCCGUAACCACUGUCUCUGUGAAGCCACACCUAGAACAUUCUCCCUCUUAAGGAAAUUCACUUUAAGGCAGGCAAGAUGAUUCAGCUGGUAGAGGUGCUGGCUUCCAAGUCUGAUGGCCGGAGUCCUGUCUCUGGGACCCACAGUGAAGGAGAGAGCCAAUUCUAUAAGUUGUCCUCUGGUUUACACCUGCAUACCAAGAUACACGUUUGUGCACACACAUCUAAUAGAGAUAAAAUGUAAAGUAGAAAAAAAAUCAUUUUUGUGCUUUGUAACUUCUAAGUUGCACACAGAAAAAAAUAAACAUAUGUUCUUUC